CUUGCUAUAAGUAGCGAGGGAGCGUGGCUACUUCCUCCUACUUCUUCUUCUCUGUGCGUUUUCGCUCUUCAUCAUUCGUGACAAUGUUGGGUGUUUUCAGCAGCUCGAUCGUGACGGCGCCCGACGAAUUGGCGGCGGCCGGCAACCGGACUCCGUCGCCGAAGACGACCGCGUCUCUGCUCUUCGACCGCUUCGUCCAAAGCUCCGCCGACGUCGUCUCCUUCCGUCUGCACGGCGAUGCCUAUUUGGCCUAUACCCAUCGCGAUCAAACUCCUCUUAUGCCCAGGGUGUUCGCGGCGAAGGACGAGAUCUUCUGCCUGUUCAAGGGGACGCUGGACAACUUGGCCAGCCUCCGGCAGCAGUACGGGCUUGCGAAGAGCGCGAACGAGGCGGUGCUGAUGAUCGAGGCCUAUAAGGCGUUGCGCGACCGGGCGCCUUUCCCGCCCAGCCAUGUGGUCAGCCACCUCAGCGGCGACUUCGCCUUCGUCGUCUUCGACGACUCUGCGUCUGCCGUCUUCGUGGCCUCGGAUCAAAGUGGGAAGGUGCCCUUGUAUUGGGGGAUUACGUCUGAUGGAUACUUGGCCUUCGCCGAUGAGUUGGAGUUGCUUAGGGGUUCUUGUGGCAAGUCCAUUGCAUCUUUUCCUGAAGGGUGUUUCUUCUCAACGAGAUGGGGAGAGCUGAAGAGCUACGAGCACCCGAAGAACAAGGUCACCUGCGUUCCCGCCCCUGAAGAGGACGUCUGGGGCGCCACUUUCCUGGUAGAAAGAGCACCCGUGUUUGCAGCCUUGAAAUGAAGGGGUCGGACACAGUUGCACCUGAUCGAUCGUGCAGAGCAUUUUUCGAAACCAUUCCGAGGACGCAGGGUUGAGAGAGAGAGGCCAUAGGUCAUAGACUAGUUGCUACGGAAGGAAAUGCAUAUAUGUAUAUUGUCAUCUUUGCGUGGUUCCACCAUUCUAUACAUGUGUAGAAUAAGGUGUUGGAUGCAACAACUAUAAUGUGAAUAUUAUAAUAUUACAUUUCUUAUU